CUCAAAUCGGAGCUCGUCACUCGAAUUCAGCACAAAUCGUCCACGGCACGAUCGACUCCAACCCACGUAUAGGGUCAUGACGCCGACCUCGAACUCCGCUGCGAUCGCUGCUCCCUAUCCACACCUUUCAGCGAAUGAGCCACGGACUCUCACCGAUGGCACGGGAGGAACAGAGCUGUCACCAGCCGAUCUCGUAUCUGGACUGCCUUCGCCGUCAGUUGGCCAACGUAAUCACUAUUCGACACCUCCUGCCCUCUCGAUCCAUGACAACGGUACACUCCCGAGCAAUCCGUCGACUUUGCCAAUGCCACCGACUCAGUUAGCAGGUUCGGAGAAACUAUAUCCGAAGGGUGAUCUGAUGCCUUAGUCGCACGUCGAACUGUUCUGUCUCAGUCGAGUUGAAGUAUCGUCAACAGUCAGAUUGCAUGUUUUUGAGGGGCGGACGAAAGGGCGUGCAGCUGCAAGAGCUGGAGGAAGGCGGUCAGGACUUACAAGCACGGAGUUAUGGAUGGCUUGUGGAGUAGAUAUUGGCAAUGCAAGACAUAGUCAGUCUCAAUGCGUUUAUGCCAAUCGUCGACAAACU